AUGUUUGGCUUAUCCAACGAGCUGAAAAAUAUAUCUCAUCCGAAUGCUAAGAAAGAGAGGGAGGAGUUUGCGUACUUCUCCUCCAGGUUGCCCUUUCAACCACGCCAUGGCUCCUGCGCUUUGGACACUGCGACUGCGAUGUCUUCACCUCUGAGAACAGCAGCUGCAUGCCAUUCCAAGCUUCCGACUCUCAACUUGGGAACGAAACAGACUGUCCGUGUAGAUAAACGAACCAAAAUCUUGGAUUGGGAUGAGAUGAAGUCGAAUGCUAGUUUCUGUUGUAAAUAG